AUGCUUGAUACCUUCCAGACUACUGUUUUCGAGGACCAGGUACUUUUCGAAGGCGCGAGCACGGCGACUAUCCGUGAGCAUUUCCAGAACUGGGCGACGACUGCUAUUCAGCUAGAGUCAAGCUCUGGCUCGCCUGAUAUAAUUCGGCACUUUAAUGUUCGGGCGGCGCGGUAUCGGUUCUGUUUUUUUGUUGAUGAGGAGUCUUUGCAGAGUGUUCUGAACGCACCUGUUGACGACUGCAUUAAUAUGGAUGCGUUCGUGAAUAUGCUGUACGGGUGGUGGAAGCCUGAGUCUAUUGAAGAUUUCAGCCAGGAAGAUCUAGAAGACGUAGAUGAGCCGGCGGACCUGCUUGAUGAUGGGUACGAAGCUGUCGAAGGGUGUACUUUGAAGGAUGUUGGGUGGAUGAAGGUUGCUUUGUGUGAUGCGGGGCUGGAAGGGUUUCAAAAGAUGGGCGAGGAUGGUGAGUGGGAAAGAUUAUAUGAGCGUCCUCAUGGGAUUUGUUAUAAUAUCUCGAAUUUCCAUGCUCGGUGA